AUGGAUCCAAAAGCUAAAUGCGCGUCUGUUGUAUUGGGAGGAGAGUUCAAACAACAUCUUGACCUUACCGGCCAUGACUUUUCAGAAGUGGACAACUACGCACGUGCUACUCCUAAAUCCGAAACUAAUUCCGUAGAACAAUUGUCUAAGUAUCUUACUUCACGUUGGGACGAUGCUUUAGAUAGAUUACGUUCUAUCUUUGUCUGGAUCGCGGAGAAUAUCGCAUAUGAUGUAAAUGCUUUUCACUCAGGAAACCUCGGUCAUUGUAGUGCCGACGAGACGUUGAAAACACGUAAAGGUGUUUGCGAUGGAUACGCCGAGUUAUUUAAUGAAUUAGCUCGUCAUUCUGGAUUGAAUACUUGGAAGAUUAAAGGCAAAGCCAAAGGCAUCCACUUUAAACAUAGUGAUAAUAUUGAUAAAAAGGAAUAUGAUCACGCAUGGAAUGGUACUAAAUAUAAAGGAGAAUUUCUCUUAAUCGACAGUACUUGGGGUGCUGGACAUUUAAGUGGCAAAAACUUUGAAAAACGUUUUGAACCAUUUUAUUUCCUUACACGCCCAAUCAAUUUCAUAUAUACUCAUCUUCCUGAUGAUCCAAAAGAACAAUACUUGUCACCUUCAAUUACUAAAAAAGAAUUCCUUAAUUUGACACAUGUUAGACCACCAUUCUUUGCUGCUGGUUUGGAAUUCCGUGAAAUCUUUGGAAAUGCUAUUACUACUAAUGAUGACUUGAUCGAUUUUGAAAUUGCAAGAUUUAAUGAUGAUGAAAGUAGACCAUUACAUGCCGUUCUUGAAUGGAAUGGCAAAGAGCAUGAAGUCUUGAUUCAAAGGGUGGUUGGAUAUGAUUUAGGUUCAGGAAAAGUUUAUAGGUUGCAAACUUCAUGCCCAAAGCGUGGUGAAGGAAAACUUGAAAUAUUUGUAUUAUUUGAAGGGAACAAGGGACCAUUAGCUGCGAGUUUCAAAAUCAUAAACAAAGGAAGCGGUAAAAAUUAUAGUCCAAUUGUUAAGACCUACAAGGUUCCAUUCAAAUUUACCAUUCAAGUGCCAAUUCAUUUUGGCCUAAAAUACAAGAAAAAAUAUAAAUUUGAAUUCUCAGUAUUUGAUUUAAAAGAAGAGAAACAUCCUGAAUUCUCUAUAUUAUCUCCGGAUAAAAAUCCUCGAAAACUUUAUAAAGCAUCUAGAUGUGAGGAUGGAAGUUUUACCUAUGAACUUGAAACGACAAUUGAUCAAAAGGGAGAUUGGAAAUUAGUUUGUUCAUCGAAUGGAAAGAAUUUCGAUUUUAUUGCGCAAUAUCAUGCUGAUUAA